CGGGUUUGUCACCAGGCAUACCUGUGUUGCCUUGACUACGGCGGGCGCUGUGGGAGUGAAGAAGCCGCAAGUGCUGAGGCGCGGUGGAGGAAGGCAUGGGAGCCAAGAGCAUGAGGAGCUGGUGUCUGUGUCAGAUUUGUAUCUGCGGAUCAAGGGACGAGGACGCAGCGACAUCCCCACUUAUUCCGCUCCACGAAUACUCGCUCCGCACCUGUCCGCUACCUGGGGGUAAAACGUUUCUUCGUAGCCCCUGAGACUCCCAAUCAAGGAUGCAAACUAAAAUGCCACCCAGGCCGGGUAAAUAAUAUAUGUGAAGCAGCGACGGGAUAUAAGACUGGUGACAUCAUUGUCCACAUGGAAUCACAAGGAUCUAUGAAAAUUCGGGGGUGUUUUGCCCCACAACUGAAUAUUUGGAAAAAUAUCUUAGUAUUUGGGAAGAGCAAAGAACAACUGACAUGUCUUGGGAGGCAGAGGUUGGAUUAUCAUCCUUAUGAAAUAGUUAAACAGCCUCACCAUGUGCCGGAAGAAUAUAAACCAAAACAAGGGAAGAUUGAUCUUGGUACUACCUACAAACGGGAUUUUAAUUCGUACAAAGUGCGGCCUGUGGCAAUAGUCCGGCCUUUGGAGAGACAACAAGUUAAAAAAGGAAAGCUGGACACUGUCCCAACUUAUAAAGAUGAUUAUAGAGCUUAUGACCUUCAUAAAAGUGAACUUUAUAAGCCAGAACAAACUUUCCACCCCCCUACUGUGAAAUUUGGAAAUUCAACUACAUUUCAGGAUGACUUUGUUCCUCAGGAGAUAAAACCUAGGCAAAUCUUUAAACCCUCCUCUGUGGUCAAAUGUUCUACAGCCCCUUUUAAUGGCAUUACAAGUCAUCGCCUUGAUUAUAUACCUCAUCAGCUUGAACUCAAGUUUGAAAGGCCAAAAGAAGUUUGCAAAUCAACUGACCAACGCUUUGAGGAUCUCACAACUCACCGGUAUGACUUUCAGGGUCUUAUUGGUGAAACUGCAAAAAUCUGCAGACCUGUACACACCAGAGUGACCCAGAGUGCUCGGUUUGAAGGAAGCACUGAAUUCCGUGAAUGUUUUCAACCAUGGGAAAUCCCACCACCUGAGAUCAAGAAGGUACCAGAGUAUGUGCCUCCUACAGGUAGCAUGCUAUUAAACAGCACAAGCCAUCUUGACUAUGUUCCAUAUCAGGCCAACCGUGUUGUUCCCAUCAGGCCAGUUUCUCAUAGAAGAAGUAACAAUUUUCCUUUCCAAGGAAAAAGCACCGUGAAGGAAGAUUUUCCAGCAUGGGAAAAUUGUCGUCAAGGACUUAUUAAGAAGCAGGAGCAGAUUCCCAACCCAUCUGGAAAAUUUGAUGGUUUGAGCACUUUCAGCUCUCACUAUGUGCCACACAAAUUGAUUCCAACAGAGAGUUGCAAACCUUUAAAUAUUGCUUUUAAGAGUUCUGUUCCAUUUGAUGAUGUGACCAUGUACUCUGUAGAGUACACGCCGAAAAAACAGGAAAUUUGCCCAGCAAGUUACUCAUCUCCUUCAGGUUAUAUUUUUGGAAAUGCCAUUUCCCAAGGUCAUAAAUUCUUUCACAAGAUUUCUCCCACAGUGAAGGCCUUCUAAUAACCAAAAUAUGCUUAAAAGGAAGCUACUAGCAAGUAAUUGUUUUUCGAAGAGAAAACUCCAUUUUUGGAGUGAAAAAAAUUAUGAUAUAAUAGAUCAUUUUUUAUAUUUUUAAACAAGAAAAUUGGAAAAUGUAUUAUAAAAACUCAGAAUCUUAAAACCAUUUUGUAUUGAUAUUUUAAUCAAUAUCGUUCUUUAAUAUGCAUUUCAGAAGGUUCAAUAAUAUACAUUCCCAUGUGAACUCUUUUAAUAUUCAACAUAUUGCUUAGUAGCUUGUCCCCAGUCUAUUAUCAUUUGUAAUUCUGUUUAUAAUUAUGGCAGUUUUAUAGUUAUUCACAUACCAGUUGUCAUUUAUCAAGCACAUCAGGAUUAUCUAGAACAACAUUGAAAAUGAUACAUGGAUUCCUUUUCCAAGAUAAUAGGAUUCAUUUUACUCAGACUUCCGUGCAUCUACAUAGCAUCUAUUGAUUCAAGUUUUGGUUGGUGGUAUACAGACUGCUGCACUGCUCCUCACCAUGUUCAGGUUAGCAAGAGGCACUGUGGUGUGGCAAGGAAAGGCUCUGUGUGCUGGGAAUCAAAGGACUUGAGUUCAAGUUCUAACUAAUUAUCAUUAUUUUUAGAGACAGGGUCUCACUGUCACCCAUGCUGGAGUCUGGUGACGUGAUGCUUACUGCAGCCUCAGCCUCCUGAGCUCAAGUGAUCCUCCUACCUCAGCCUCCCAAGUAGCUGGGACUACAAGGGUAUGCCACCACAUCUGGCUAUUUUUUUAAAAAUAUACUUUGUAGAGACAGGUUCUUGCUAUAUUGGCCAGGCUGUUCAAUAUAUUGGCCAGGCUGCUCUUGAGUCCCGUCUUGGCUUCCCAAAGCACUGAAAUUACAGGCAUGAGCUGCUAUACCCAGCCUGAGUUCAAGUUCUAAUAAUAUAGAUUUCUAUUUGUAUUACCUUAGACAGUGACUCAUAUCUCUGAGCCUCAGUGUCUUUAUUUGUAAAAUGAUGUCUGUUCUCAAAAAGAGUUUAUUUUGAGCAUCAGACUAUAUGGUACGUUUUAGUCCUUAAAGUACAAGUAUAAAUGUAGAGGAUUGUUAAAAAAAAAAUCACUCAAUCUCUUUUUGUACUUGUUUUCUCCUUUUCAAAUGAGGAAAAUUACUUACUCAAUCCUCAUUUUCUGGCCUGUAGCAAGGAUUGUAAAAUAACCUAAUUUGCUUUGAGCUUCUGAGUAGUAUGUGCUUCUGAGAGGAGUCUUGUCCUUUAAAACUUCAUGAGCACCUGAGAAAUUGUUAACAGAGAAUGGAAAGCUCAGAAUGGGGUAAAUACAGUGGUUUGAGUAACAGUAUUGCAGAAAGGAAAAAGUAUUUGGUAGGGUAGUUUUAGGAAGUUUUAGGAAGACUGACAGCUCUGAAGAAAUCUUUAGGGUAAAUGUAGGUAAUUUUGAACCUAAUUGCCAUGCCAAGUCACUGUUCAGAGGCAGAACCAGCCCCAGCAGGGGGCAUAAUCACCUGGUUCACCUCUUCCAGUGUGAAGAUAAGUGCUAAGGAAAGGAAUGAUGCCAGGAAGUAUAGUAGAAACACUCUAUUGCAUUUAGAAAUGCUGAAAAUUUCCUAAUGAAUUAAACUCUUAUUGGGUGGUUUCUUUUUUAAGGAAAAUAAAUAAUUACAUUAUGAGAGAAUAUGAUUUAUUUUAGCAAUAGUGAAUUUUAGUCUUUCAUGGCUCCAAAAUUAUUUCAAAAUAUACUUUAUUGAAAAUUAUCAAUAUUUGGUUAUUUUAAUUGUUCAAAAGUAAUUUGUUCUUAUUUACAUUUGUUAGUAAAAGUAUGGUGUGUGAAACUUUAUAUUUCUAUACAACAUUAAUAAAAUCAAUAAAAGGAAUGGAUUUUCAAGAAA